CGGCCUUCCCUCAGCCCGGCGGCCGUUGUGGGCCGCGUCGCUAGGCACUUCCGGCGUGUGUCGGGGUGGCCGGAUGACGUGGCUGAGUCAGAGGAAGCAGCCGGGGAGGCGCGGCGGGCGGUGGAGGCUCCGGAGCGGGCGGUGACGGCGGCGGCGGCGGCGGCGGCGGAGGAGGCAGCGGCUGGGCCCGGGCCCCGUGCGUCUCUCCGCGCCCCGUGGAUGCGAAUCGGCCGCGGCAGAGGCGGCGGCGGCGGAGGAGGAGUCGGUGGGCCGGCGCCGGGCCGGUGGGAGCGCGGAGGAUGAGGCCGCUGCCGGGCGCUCCCGGCGUGGCGGCGGCCGUCGCGCUGUUACUGCUGCUGCUGCCCAGCGCCCGGGCGGAUGAGCACGAACACACGUAUCAAGAUAAAGAAGAAGUGGUUUUAUGGAUGAAUACUGUUGGUCCUUACCAUAACCGCCAAGAAACAUACAAGUACUUUUCACUUCCAUUUUGUGUGGGGUCAAAGAAAAGUAUUAGUCAUUACCAUGAAACUUUGGGAGAAGCCCUUCAAGGGGUUGAGUUGGAAUUUAGUGGUCUGGACAUUAAAUUCAAAGAUGAUGUGAUGCCAGCCACUUACUGUGAAAUUGACUUAGAUAAAGAAAAGAGAGAUGCAUUUGUGUAUGCCAUCAAAAAUCACUACUGGUACCAGAUGUACAUAGAUGACUUACCAAUAUGGGGUAUUGUUGGUGAAGCAGAUGAAAAUGGAGAAGAUUACUAUCUUUGGACCUACAAAAAACUUGAAAUAGGUUUUAAUGGAAAUCGAAUUGUUGAUGUUAAUCUAACCAGUGAAGGAAAAGUAAAACUGGUUCCAAAUACUAAAAUCCAGAUGUCUUAUUCAGUAAAAUGGAAAAAAUCUGAUGUAAAAUUUGAGGAUCGCUUUGACAAGUAUCUUGAUCCAUCCUUUUUUCAACACAGGAUUCAUUGGUUUUCCAUUUUCAAUUCCUUCAUGAUGGUGAUCUUCUUGGUAGGCCUGGUUUCCAUGAUUUUAAUGAGAACUUUGAGAAAAGAUUAUGCCCGAUACAGUAAAGAAGAAGAAAUGGAUGACAUGGAUAGAGACCUAGGAGAUGAAUAUGGAUGGAAACAGGUGCAUGGAGAUGUUUUUAGACCCUCAAGUCACCCACUGAUAUUUUCCUCUCUCAUUGGUUCUGGAUGUCAAAUAUUUGCUGUAUCUCUCAUUGUUAUUAUUGUUGCAAUGAUAGAAGAUUUAUAUACAGAGAGGGGAUCAAUGCUCAGUACAGCCAUAUUUGUCUAUGCUGCUACAUCUCCAGUGAACGGUUAUUUUGGUGGAAGUCUGUAUGCUAGACAAGGAGGAAGGAGGUGGAUUAAGCAGAUGUUUAUUGGCGCGUUCCUUAUUCCAGCAAUGGUGUGUGGCACUGCCUUCUUCAUCAACUUUAUAGCCAUUUAUUACCAUGCUUCCAGAGCCAUUCCAUUUGGAACAAUGGUGGCCGUUUGUUGCAUCUGUUUUUUUGUUAUUCUUCCUCUAAAUCUUGUUGGUACAAUACUUGGCCGAAAUCUGUCAGGUCAGCCCAACUUUCCUUGUCGUGUCAAUGCUGUGCCUCGUCCUAUACCGGAGAAAAAAUGGUUCAUGGAGCCUGCAGUUAUUGUUUGCUUGGGAGGAAUUUUGCCUUUUGGCUCAAUCUUUAUUGAAAUGUAUUUCAUCUUCACAUCUUUCUGGGCGUAUAAGAUCUAUUACGUCUACGGCUUCAUGAUGCUGGUGCUGGUCAUCCUGUGCAUUGUGACUGUCUGUGUGACCAUUGUGUGCACAUACUUCCUGCUCAAUGCAGAGGACUAUCGGUGGCAAUGGACAAGCUUUCUGUCUGCUGCGUCAACUGCCAUCUAUGUUUACAUGUAUUCCUUUUACUACUAUUUUUUCAAAACAAAGAUGUAUGGCUUAUUUCAAACAUCAUUUUACUUUGGAUAUAUGGCAGUAUUUAGCACAGCAUUGGGGAUAAUGUGUGGAGCAAUUGGUUACAUGGGAACAAGUGCCUUUGUCCGAAAAAUCUAUACAAAUGUGAAAAUUGACUAGAGACCUAAGGAAGUCUGGAACUUCGGAUCAGUUUCUGUUUGAUAGGGGUGGAACUUGCACAGCAAAAAAGCAAAGGAAGAGAUUUGGGCUUAGCACUGGGUACAUUGUGGGUUUCUCUGUCAUGGAUGGCGUAACAUCUGUUUCCAUUGAUCCUAGGUUCUUACUGACUGCUUUCUCCAACUGUUCACAGCAAAUGCUUGAAUUUUAUGCAGUAGGCAUUACUACAGUACAUGGCUAAUCUUCCCAAAAACUAGCUCAUUAAAGAUGAAAUAGACCAGCUCUCUUCAGUGAAGAGGACAAAUAGUUUAUUUAAAGCAUUUGUUCCAAUAAAAUAAAUAGAGGGAAAUGUGGAUGCUAAAAUUACAUGGGUAGAAAUCUUCUUGGCACUUAGUAUUUCUAUGUUGUUGAGAAAUGAUGUUCCAGAAAGGCUACUUUUUUCUCUUAUUUUUACUGCCAUGGUCGACCUAUUGUGGGACAUUUUUAUAUAUUGAAUCCAGGGUUUUUUUUUACCUUCUCCCCAAAUUCAGUUGCAUCCUUUUUUUUUCUUUAAGAGAAAAUUUUAAAAAAUAUUAAAUCCUGCAUGUAAUAUCUGCUGUCAUCUUAGUUGAACUACCUUCCCAUUUAUUUAUCUUAAAACUAUCCAGUUACAUCCUAAUUCCAUCCAAAGAAAAUGCAGUCUGAAGAUAGAGGUGUACUCUCCACAAUGCGAUUUACUGUACAGUUAGAAAGCAAGCAGAAUGUUAAAUGGAGAAGAUAAUUUGUUUUUAUUAAACAUUUUGAGAUCUAGAUAAAUACAUUUUAACUGAAUGUCUAAAGUGAUUAUCUUUUUUUUUUUCCUCCCCAUGUUAGUCAUCUUUUUUGGAUUUGAAUGAAGGCUUUACAUAAGAAAUUAUUACAAAGGGGGUGGGUUAUAAAUGUAUAUAACAUUAAACAAAGUAACGUAGGUAUAGAUUCCCAAAUGCAUUUGGAUGUACAGAGUGGCUACGGAGUCUUUUUUUCUGAUGAUGAUUGGUGUAGAAAUGUGUGGAUUUGGGUGGCUUUUUACAUCUUGCCUACCACUGCAUGAGAACAUUGGGGUUUCUUCAAAAGUGUGUGUCAGAGUUCUUUUUUGGGGCGGGGGGGUUGUUUUUCUCUGUUUCCUUUCCAAGACUACAGGAGCUAAAUUUGUGAUUUAGAAACAUUUAAUUUUGUUAAUCCUGCCUGGGACAGUUAAGUAACAUCUAAAGCAUUAUUGCUUUAGGAUGUUCAAAUAAAAUUUCCUGACCAAAUUGUUUUGUGGAAAUAGAUAUGUCUACAGAUUGAAGGCAGUAUUAUUGAAUGCUGGGAUUUUUUUUGUUGGUUUGUUUUCUCUUGUCUUUGUUUUUAAAUUAUGCUAUAAACUAUACUGAUAGAGGGGACUCAUACUUUAAAAAUCUCUAGAUUCUCCAGUCUUGUCAAAAAGCCCUUGAAUGAAAUUGUGGCACAAAAUCUGUCCAGGUUGGUGUGAAGGGUUGGGGUACAAGUGGUAAGCUCACUAUUGUAUGAACAAUAAAGGUUACUGUUUUCUAAGAGAAGUGAUUUUAAUUUUGGAUAUAUUUUUCUGGAAUGGUCCAUAAUGUGAAGUUUUCCCAGAGUUUCUGGCUUAAUGAUUUGCUAUGUUAUGCACUAGUUUGCUGUUGAUCACCUAAGACAAUGCUGUAUACUGGUACUUUGGAAAGACUCCAAACAGCUGUAUUUAAACUUUAACAUGAAACUCAUGCCGUUAAUAGUUAGAAAAUGUUUGCAUUGCAAAAUAUGUUUCUAUAAAUUGAUAGAUUCUACAUCCUAUUGUGGUAUGUAAGGCUUAUCAAGGAUAAGAAAUUUGACUUCUAAACCACUUCCUUAUUCACAUGAACAAACAGGAAUUUGAUUAAAUGCUGUAGGUAGAUCCUAUUCUUAAAGUCAAAAUGUUACGUUAAAUGGUAUCCGCCUCUUCUUCCAUUUUUCUUCCUUCUUAAUCUGCCUUUAAAAUUUUCAGUGUUUAAUUACUUAUACUUGUGGCUUUUAAACUGCAUGUUAAAGUAAUUGCUUUAACAUAUCUAAAUGAAGUAUGUACUAGACAGCAGGGUUUUGUCUUAGUAAUAUGAAAUGUCUUAUGAUAGGGUUUUUGAAGUGUAUGUGUUAGCUGUUUUCAGGUGCACUCAUUCAUUCUGCUAAAUCAAACUUUGAAGUUUGAUUCAAUCAAAAAUUGAAGUUCUUUGGAAAAAUGAUAGUGAAAAAUAAUAUUCUUAUUUCCAAAUACAUUAAGAGCAUUCAAAGUAAUGUGAACCACUUUGAAAAGUCCUUUAGAGAAGGACUUACAUUGGUUUAUAGGUCCCUAGAGGGGCUGAAUAAAUAUAUCAGUGUAUCUUGAAGAAGCUGUAGUUAAGAAAUGCUUUAGUGCCCUAGCUCUCAGUUGUAGGGUAGCAAAAUAAAAUAUUUAAUUGAAAGAUAGGAUUUCUUCACUCCAGCUAAUGCAAUGUGUUUGUCAUUUUUUAAUGUUUUCUCAGCUUAUCAGCUGACACUUUUUGAGAUUAGCAAAAAGUGAAGCUAAACUUUCUCCAUACAUCUUUAAGCAUGCUUUUCCUGAAAGUUAAUUCCUUUAGCAGCUGACAUCAUUAUACAUGUAUCCUAGUACAAGAGUUGAUAAGGUAGGGAUGGAAAGGCUGGAGGGAAGACAAAGCAUUCACCAGUCGCAUUUCUGUCUCCUGGAUUGUACCUGGCUUGCCCAUCAGUGAAGCUCCAUAUUCUCAGGAGUCAUUAGGCAAUGGUGAUAGUUACGCCUAGGGAAUGGUAUGCCCCUGUGCUUCCCGUUGAGCACAGGUAAGACCUCGCAGAGGGUGGUUGCCACAAAUUCUAGUUUAAGCCACUUUACAUAGGGUUUAUUCAGAAUUGUGUUCAUUUUGAUAUAACUUACCUCCUACAUGUUUACUGAAUACCUUAUGCCAAAUGUCGUGGAAACACAAAAUGUAAUUUAAAACUUCCUGAAGCUUUACACACGUAAAAAAGAAAAAGUGUAUUGAUUCGUUCAGGAAAAGCUAUAGGCUGAAGGGCUUCUGAAUGUGCAUUCUUGGGAGGAGACCUAUUUUAAUUGAAACUGCAGUUGCAUCUGUGUAUUACAUUUAGAGUUCAGUAUGUCUUUAGUGCUUCAUUCUCUUGAUUUAUUGAAACAUGUAAUAGGAGUAGUGACUUAGGAAAAUAUAAAUAUCCAUUAAUGUUUUGUAUCUUCAUUAAAAAUUUUAUAGUGAUGAAGCAGUAUUUUAACAAUCAAGUUGUCAGGGCAGAGAAAUGAAAAUUUAUGAUUGUCUGGAAGUGUGGAUAGAAAUAGACUGGAUCCACAGGUAGGGUCGAUCCACAGGUAGGGUCCACAUAUAGUUGCAGAAAAACACUGUGAGAUAUAACUCUAGUUCUACGCUAUGAGCAUUUCCUAAAAGGCAUGUGAUUUGACCUUGUUGGGGCUGUAAACAUAAGUAUGCAAAGACAAAAACCAAGCAAAAAUCUUAUUUCUCUGUUAGAAAAUGGAAAUAAAUUGUUUUGAAAGCUACUUGUAUGAAAGCAUUGCUAGGCCAAGCCUGCUGUACUUGAUCAAACCAGCACAGUGGGUGUUUAUCCCAAUUCAUCGGUGUAGGUCAGUUGAAAGCUAUUACAGCAAGGAUGUAAGACAAAAAGGAAUAACUUUGGAAUGAUUCUGUUUGAAGGAUAAAAGAGUAGUUCCCAAAAGUUGAAUUUUCUAAAUCCCCUAAUGUCCAGGGCAAGGGCAGUUGGUGCAAUUACUGUUUGAUGGUCAUUUCCAGUUUGUAUACAUCUUUGAUUUGUAUAGGCCAUAUUCCAAUGGGAUUUUUAGUAAUAGGAAUUCCGCAUAAAAUGUAUCAAUUAUGAUUGAGGUUCUGAUCUAGUCUGUUAAUUUAUCUGGAUUUUUUAAGAAGUAAUAAAAAGUUAAACUU